AUGGAGAAAACAUACCUUGCCACGAGUCGUCACACUUCUUACAUAGAGGCAUUUUUUAUCUUUAUAAAGCUACGAAUUCUCAAGGAGAGAUCAAAGACAUUUUGGAAAACCUUUAUUCGACGAAACACAUUUGAGGCGUAUGGGCAUUACAAAAGUAGCUUGGAACUCGCUGGUGUAAAGAGAGAGAAGGCUUACAUAAACAAUAAUGAAGAUUAUGAGGCCUGUAUUAUCAAGGAGUGGGAGCAAAUGGACCGAGCCUUUAGAGCUAAUCAUGUUGUCAGUAUGUCCGAUAGGAUUAAGGUUAUAAUUUUCUACCUGUGGUGGAAACACCAAAUACUAAAGCGAAAAUCUCUUUUAGCUUUUAUAAAACAUUCAAUGUGCUUUGCUUGA